GGACUAUUUUUUUUUAAAUCUCUGGAUGUGACUUACUGUUGGAGAAGACCUUUUUCACACUUCUUGCAAACACAAUCCCGACAGUACAACUACUAAAUGUAUGAGUAAUUUGGGCAGAAGACCAUAGCCCGAGGGCUGAUUUAUCAACCAGCUUAAGUACCGGUAUUUUGGUCUUCCUAACGUCAAUAAAAGUACCAUCACUACAUUUUAACGAUCAAUUUGUGAGUAACAAAAUUUACUGCGAAGUAAAAAAAAACGGAAUAUGUUUAAACUUCCUAAAGAUUAGAUAAUUUGUUUUGAUGACAAAGAAAACCCACGAUUAUAUUAAUCAGCGCCUGAAAUUUUGAUUAGCUUAGAUAUAUAAAAGAAUGACACAUUUUAUUUUAUGUAUUCAUUAAAAAAUGAAGAGUUUAGUGUUCGGUCUGUCUCUGAUUGUCUGUGCUUCUGCUUUAUUGGAAGUACAGACCAACUACCACGAUGCCAUCGGUAUUCCUGCUGCAGAGAAGAUCAAGGCACUAGAAGAUGCAAGUCUAGCCAAUGAGGUUGUUACUAAUGACAACAGAAUCGUUGGAGGGGCACUAGCACCCCUUGGUGCUCAUCCAUACUUUGCGGGCUUGCUGAUCAGCUUAGUUGGUACUACAUCCAGAUCAGUAUGCGGUUCUUCAUUGUUGUCUUUAAAUCGACUGGUGACUGCUGCCCACUGCUGGUUCGACGGCAGCAGGCAAGCGUGGGAGUUCACUGUUAUCUUGGGCUCUAACUGGCUGCACAGCGGCGGUGAACGUAUUUCUACACGACAGGUCUUCAUGCACCCUCAAUAUGUGCCUCAGUUCCUUACAAAUGACGUUGCUAUGAUAUACCUGCCUUGGAGUGCCACGAUGACCGCAAAUGUUCGUCCCAUCAGAUUACCCAGAAAUAUGGAAUUGUGGAACCAGUUUGAGGGACAUUGGGCUAUGGCAGCUGGUUUCGGAAAAACUAGCGACCAACAACAGACUUCUGCAUCUGUGGUGAGCCACGUGUCGCUGCAGGUGAUAAACACAAACACAUGCGCACAACGGUUCCAGGCUGGCUACGUGACGUUUAGCACUCUUUGUACCAGUGGAGUAGGAAACGUUGGUAUCUGCGGUGGCGACUCUGGUGGCCCUCUUGCUGCUUACGACAACAACGGGGAACCGUUCUUGAUUGGUAUCAGUUCGUUUGCUGCAUACAAUAUGUGCCAAAACGGUUUCCCAUCAGGUUUCGCUCGAGUGACCAGCUUCAUCGGAUUCAUCUCUCAACACAUUUCUCUUAUCAAACUUGGUCUAAUAGUGAAUAGCUAUAUAACCAUUGACGACAAAUUACAAUAUUUUGACACAAUGCGUGCUGUUGUUUUGUUAGGCUUGGUUCUGGUGGUUUCAACGUCCGCCCUAGUGGAAGUAGGGACCGGAUACCACCAAACCAUUGGUAUUCCUGCCGCAGAGAAGAUCAAAGCUGAAGAGGAGAAGCUUCUGGCAGCACAAGCUUCAGACAACAGGGUUGUCGGUGGUGCUAUCGCGCCCGCUAACGCGCACCCAUACUUUGGUGGCCUGCUGAUCAGCUUAGUUGGUGUAUCUGGAAACUCAGUUUGCGGUUCCUCACUCGUGUCUGCCAGCCGUGCUGUGACAGCGGCUCACUGCUGGACCGAUGGCUGGAACCAAGCCUGGCAGUUCCUCGUUAUCCUUGGAUCCAACCUCCUAUUCUCUGGCGGCACCCGCAUUGCCACUUCCGAUGUCAUCAUGCACCCACAAUACUCUACUGCUAACCUCAACAAUGACAUCGCCAUCAUCAGACUGCCUACCAGCAUUCUAUUCAGCAAUAGCAUUCAGCCCAUUGCUCUUCCGGCCAGUUUGUCGAACACUUUUGUUGGAAACUGGGCAGUUGCUGCAGGAUUCGGAAGAACCAGCGACCAACAAGCGGGUGCAUCCACGAUCGUGAGUCACGUAAACUUGCAAGUCAUCAGCGUUGCGGCCUGUGAGGCUGUGUUCGGCAACGCGUUUGUGGUUCCAAGCACGAUCUGCACCAACGGUGCCGGAGGCGUCGGUAUCUGCGGCGGUGACUCUGGCGGUCCUUUAGUCCUUAACCAGAACGGUGUUCCUACUUUGAUUGGUGUCAGCUCUUUCGUCGCUCGCAAUGGAUGCUCGCUCGGGUUCCCUUCAGCUUUCGCUCGAGUCACCAGUUUCGACGGCUUCAUCCGGCAGUACCUAUAAAUACCUCGACUGAUCACAAAUAUAAUAUAAUUUAUUUUAU